AUGCUUGGCUUGGACAAUGCAGGCAAGACGACGAUCCUCCAAAAGAUGACCGAGGGAGACAUCUCGCACAUCAUGCCCACUCAGGGCUUCAAUAUCAAGAGCAUCAUGCAAGAUGGCUUCAAGUUGAACGUUUGGGACAUCGGUGGCCAGGAAGCCAUUCGUCCCUAUUGGUCCAACUACUUCGAGAACACAGACGCCUUGGUCUACGUGGUGGACAGCUCGGACAGCCGGCGUUUGGAGGAAUCUGCCAAGGAGUUGGCCGAGCUCCUUGCACAGGAGAAGUUGGUCCAAGUUCCUGUGAUGGUCUUCGCCAACAAGCAAGACUUGAUGAGCGCCGUCCCCGCCGAUGAGAUUGUUGCAGCCUUGAACUUGGAGGCCAUCGGAGAUCGCUUGUGGCAGAUCCAAGCAUGCAGCGCCAAAACAGGGGAAGGCUUGCAAGAAGGUAUGGAGUGGCUGGUGACGAACGCCAAAAGUGAGAGUGGCUGA